CCAUCGGUGCUACCGUUUACGUGAACGGGUGGUGAAUAGUGAGCCAAGUGUAGUGUCGUGUCGUGUCCCGAGUGCCCAGCAACCCUGGCCCCCCGCAAUGCUUGCAUGGAGCCCACCCUCCCCACGCCGCCCUCCGACUCUGAUUCCGAAUCAGGGGACGAAACCGUCCCCGCCGAUCCGGAGCAAUGGAAGCAGGUCGACGUGGUGCGAUGUGUGCGGUGGGUGUCCCGCACUUUCAGCGUGCCCGCGCCGCGCCGACAUCUCCUGCCCCCCACAGGCCCCGCACUACUCGCCCUCACCGAAGACAACUGGCUUCAGGUGUGCGGCGGUAACUCUCAGGCGGCGCGCAUCUUUCAUGCUUACCUGCAGCACGCACACGCGACCGCCAAGGGUCGUCCGCCGCCGCCGCCUCUGCCAGAGCACCAGACCUCUUCGAAUUCUGCUCCUGAACAGCCAUACGCGGCGUUAACUGCCUGCGCACGCAGCGGCGGCGGGCAGGUUCAGUUGUGGCAAUUUCUGCUGGAAGAGCUGGCUGCUGGCGCGCCCGGCAUCUGCUGGGAAGGUGCACCUGGGGACGGCGAGUUCCGUCUGUCUGAUCCGGACGAAGUGGCGAGGCGCUGGGGUCGACGUAAACAGAAGCCCAACAUGAACUACGACAAAUUGUCCCGUGCUCUCAGAUACUAUUACGACAAGAAUAUCAUGAGCAAGGUGCACGGGAAAAGGUACGCAUAUCGUUUUAGUUGGGCGGGGCUGGCGGCGGCGUGCCAGGCGCAAGCGCCUGACGCACCACCCUACUGGCACUACCUCGCACCACGGCCGCCACAUCCUCACCCGCCUGCGCCUUCCGCACACCCGCCACCCGUGCCACAGCCUCACCCGACCACGGCUGAUAACACGCACCAUCUCGGCACUCAGUGACUACAGUACAGACUACAGUGAAUUAGUGAAAAGUGUAUAAAACUUAUUUUGCGAAAUAUAUAUUUUCAAAUAUUUUUUGUUACCUGUUACUGUUAUAAAGUUUAAUCUGCGCCUUGACAUUUAAAAUGUUUAAUAGUUUUAUUUUCAUAUACAACAAUGAGUAAACGAAGCUUCGAAUAAAGUUGGGAAUUCCGUGAGUCAUUAUUUUUUGCGAAAUGAAAAAAUACAUUAUUGUAUGUCGUGUGCGUGUAUAUGUUUCGAUUGAUGUUUAAUAAGAUUUUAUUGUUAAUUUCA